CCGCUCCCCUCCCCCCUGCCCAAAAAGACACAAAUCGCCUCCCGGAGUGGCGCCUCCAGUCGCGGCGGAGCGCGGCGUUGGCGGCGGAUGGAGGGCGCGAGCGGGCGGCCGCGGAGGCUGCACCCGGCGGGGCGCUGAUGCGGCGCCUGGACCUCAGCUGCGCGACUUCGGGGGCGUCGGCCGAGUUGGGACUCCGCGAUGCAGCUCCUGAAGGCUCUCUGGGCACUGGCAGGGGCCGCGCUCUGCUGCUUCCUCGUCCUGGUGAUCCACGCGCAGUUCCUCAAAGAAGGUCAGCUGGCCGCCGGCACCUGUGAGAUUGUGACCCUGGACCGGGACAGCAGCCAGCCUCGGAGGACGAUCGCCCGGCAGACCGCCCGCUGUGCGUGUAGAAAGGGGCAGAUCGCCGGCACCACGAGAGCCCGGCCCGCCUGUGUGGACGCAAGAAUUAUCAAGACCAAGCAGUGGUGUGACAUGCUUCCGUGUCUGGAGGGGGAAGGCUGUGACUUGCUAAUCAACCGGUCAGGCUGGACGUGCACGCAGCCCGGCGGGAGGAUAAAGACCACUACGCCCCCAGUGGGAGCAAGCCAAAGGCACCUCAGCAGCAAAAUGAAUCAACGGACUGUGGUAAGUUCAGUGACAGGAAGGAAGGAAUCCACGAUCUAGGAAAAGCAGGAUGAAUCCCUAAACCUGCGAUGCGGCGUGGAGGAAGGCAGGCAGCAGAAAGGUACGUGAAAUAUGCUUCCCUUUUUAUAAAGUUCACAGAGACUAACCUGUGAUUUGCUUUUCAGGGAUGUAGACAUGGCAGUGAAACGAAAAACAAAAACAAGGAAUAUAUGGCCAGAAAAUGACAGAGACUGGUUAUCUCUAGGAGCAGGAAGGGGCCAUGCUUGGGAAGGGGGAGGAAAGAUGCGUGAUGGGGAUGGGGGCAUCCUCGCCCCCAAAUCGCACCCUCGUGAAGCCACACAGCAGCCUGAGGAUGUUUUCAGGGCUGCUCUGAGCUCUGGGGUCCCCGGGGACUGGGGGUUAGGACCCAGACUCACCUGCUCCCUGUGGGCCCCAGGGUUGGGUGAGUCCCGGAACCGCCUGUCUGUGAAGUGGCGCUGUAGUGCUGCGUCACUCAUGGGUUUGCUCUGGAGGCUAAAGGGAUUCUCUGCGUUCAGGGCUGGGUGCGUAGCAGGACGACUGUUACCUGUAAUGGCCAUCGAGUGUGAGUUGAAUUCCGUCCCCCGAAGGUUACGUCCACGUCCUGACCCCCAGUACCUGUGAAUGGGACCUUCUUUGGAAAUAGAGUAUUUGCAGAUGUGAUCAAGUUAACAUGCGAUCAUUCUGAAUUAGGUUGGUUCCUAAAUCCAAUGGCUGAUGUCCUUACACGAAGAGGAAAAUUUGGAAAAACAGCCUCGUAGAAGGAGGCUUGACGACGGAGACAGAGAUCGGAGUGGCACAGCCACACGCCAGGAAAGGCCUGCAGCCACCAGGAGCUUCGAGAGGAAGAAAGAUCCUGCCCAGAACCUUCAGCGAGAGGAAGGCCCUGCCCGUCGCCAGACACAGGAUCUCUGGUGUCAGGUCCCCUGGUUUGUGGGAACUUGUUACAGUGAUUGUUGGAGGUUAAUACAUUGUCUUUCUGUUCUUGCUUCUUAUGGGCAAAAACCUUAGUUGGCUUAUUUCUGCUGGAAGCUUCAGCACCUAGAAUUUUCUAGGCACACAGUAGUCAUUCCACUAACACUUGUAUGAAUGGGGAGUUCUAUGCAGAGGGUUCUGGACCCUGCUCUCUUCAUGAACCCUGUAUUACUAAGCCUUUGUUCCAUGUCGAUAAGUAGCAAUGUGCCCUGUUCUUUAGGAUAUGGCAGAGGAGGAGGCCCUCCGAGAACGGCAUGCCCUCCUCUUGCUCACACUGAUGGGCCCCUUUCUUCUUGUGAUGACUGAUGCCGUGAUGAGUACACUAGCGUGUCACCCUUGCCAUCUCACUCAAUCAUUUCUUUAUGAUAAACGCGUGGCAGCAGCGUUGUUAGGUGAAGGGAUGUAAAAAGUCUCCACAUUUUAGCAUGUGCUGCAGGUUGCUAAAUCCCCCUCCAGGAAAGCGGAAGAUUUUGACAAGCCCACCAGCUGGAGGGGAGAGUGCCCGACUUUUCCCACACUGGUACCCAAACCAGGGAUUAUCGUUCUUUUUAAUCUUUGCCAAUUUGCUAAACAGAGAAAGGUAUCAACCUCUUUGUUGCUUUAAUUUGCAUGUCUUUGAUUACUAUUGAGUUUGAACAUCUUUUCAUAUGUUUAUUGGCCAUUUAUGUAAAUACAGUCUUAACAGUUCUGCAGCCAUUUAAAAUGCCAGGCAUUGAGAACAGAGGGCAGGGGUGGGAGGAAGAGAGAGGCUCCAGCCCAGGGCUGUGGCCAGGCAGUCCCUGCAGGAUGCCUCCGGCCCCUGGGUUCCCCACUUCCUCUGUGCUCUCAGACAGGCCUCCCUCUGGGGUACACAGUCCUCAGGAUGCAGACGGUGGCUUGGCAAGAUCUUGGCUCCAGGAAAUUUGCAUUUCAAAAGGGAACUCUGCUCCAGACCAGAGAAUUAAAGACUGCAACCUGAACAGCUCGGCCUUUACAGCCAAGCCGACCAUCAACAAAUACGGAGGCCAACAGCUUGGUCAACUCUGGAAUAUGCCUCCACCCACUCUCCUCCACUAGAGGGCACACUUAUGGGGCGGAAGCGCGGAGACUCUGCCCAACCCUGGAAUUCCCUCCUGGGCAGGACACACUGUGCACAUUUGACAAAGGGAUGGACCCAUAAGUGAAACCCCCAAGGUGCCUAUGGCCUGUCACCUCCUGCCCCACUCUUGGAGGCUGCAGGGCUGCAGGUACUGGCCAGCUCCCGGCCAGCAGGACCAUGCCUUCCAGGUGUCCUCCUCUGGACAUGCCCCACUGCUCCAGACCACCUUUUGCCCUCCCCAAAGCUUCCCUCGCCCCAAACCAUCUCCAAGGUCAACUCCAGAAAAAUCUAGCCCAUCUGAGUUUAAUGUGCUACUCUUUUUCUUCAUUUCUCAUUUUACAGGCUAAAUCAUUCUACUUUAUCCGUUUUAUUUUCUGAUUAGUCACACAGAGCUCAUUAAAUGGGAGAUAGAGCUUUUCAUAAAAUAUGUAGAGGAAUCUUGGAUUAUUAAUUUCAAAAUUAAAAAAAUAAUAAUCCCGGCAAUGAAAUGCACUGUCUGUUCAUAAAACUCGUCAAGUGUCCAAGGAUGGAAGGUUUGCAACAGAGGGGACCCAGAGGACAGGUCUCUCUGGAACUGACGGCGACUGGCCUGCUGAGCCCUUGGACCGUUCUGGAGCUGGGGCGUGGCUGGCUUGUGGACCUUGCUCUAGAUAAGGGAACUUGAAGGCUCCAGGUACAAGUCAGACCCUACUAGCUCCAUUGAGAUAUUUCCAGGGACAUCGGUCAUGAGCAGCUCACAACACCCUGGUUAAACCAACAUCCAGCUUCAAACCAAAGUGCAGGCGUAGCAGGUGGUUCUCAAAAUUCCCUGUGCUGGAGAAUCAACAGGAAGUCUGAUAAAACACCAAGCCCAGGGCCCUGGCCCCGGUACCUCCCAUUCCCUGAGCCUGCAGGGGCCUGGAACUCUGCAUCUGCAAGGGGCCUCCAGGCCGUGACCAUGCGGGUGGCCCAUCUGUGGCCUGGAUUUUUGGGAAAAGAUGGGGUGGGGAAUGUAAAUGAUUAGUACAAUUUUUGCUGUUGUGAAAAUAUCUAGAAAACGCAAAUAAGCAGAUAACAGCCAGGAAGGGACAGCGGGCCAGGGCCUGUGUCCCAGUCGACCCAUGGCACAGUCUCCCUGCCUCCUUUGGGGCGUGGAGUGGCUCCACCACAGACCACAGAUCAGAAAAGAGCCCGGGGCCAUGUGGGAUGUCCCAAGGUGCUAACUGUGACUUGCUUAAGAGACAGGAUUUCCUGAUUUUUGGAACUUUUUAUCUUCACACCGUGAAGAAUUUAAGGGUCGUUCACUCUCGGAUCAGGAAACUGUGUGUGUGCACAAGAGGCAGAGGGACAGGGGUGGGGGGGCAUAUGGAAUGCACUGGAACCACCAGAACCCCCAGGAAGGCGGCACCAGAGUUAUUGGCAUUAUUUGUGCAACUCUUCUUCAUGCUUCAAAUUGUUUCAAAAUAAGAAUGAGCUGAGCAAAUCAACUCGGCAGGGCACGUUUUGUGCUGGGAAGACAUGGGACGUGGGGUGGCCACACAGUUUAGCUUUCAGGUCCCUCCCAGUACAGGGCUAAUGGUCCCCUUGACCCCCAGAACUCCUCUCCCUCUGACUGGGAACUUCCCCCUGGGUGGUCUGCAGAAGGACCCUUCUCAGCUGACAUCUGCAGCCCCCUCCUGCUCUCUGCAGCCUGCUAUGGACUGAAUUACAUGCCCCAAAUUCCUAGGUUGAAGUCCUAGCCCCUGGUGUGACUGUAUGUAGGGAUGGGGCCUGUGAGGAGGUGAUUAGGGUUCAAUGAGGUUGUAGGAGAGAGGGCCUGAUCCCACAGGACUGGCGGCCUCAGGAGAAGAGGCCCCGGAGGGCUCCCUCUCUGCCGCAUGAGGACACCGUGAGAAGGUGGCCGUCUGCCCCCAGGAAGAGCCCUUCCCGGGCACCAGCCCUGCCAACACCUUACUCUCGGACUCGCAGCCUCCAGGGCCGUGUGGACCUCAGGGCUGCUGUGUCGGCCUCGUGGGCUGUGGGUUCCGUUAAAGCUGAAUGUGGCCGAGCUAAUGGCGAUGGUGCCCGUGAGCCCCACCAGGGCCACUGUGUCGGCCUCGUGGGCUGUGGGUUCCGUUAAAGCUGAAUGUGAGGCCGGGCGCGGUGG